AUGCGGAGAAAGUUGGAGAAUGCCAAACCCCCGCGGUUUCCCCUCUUUCCAGUCUCUAUUCCGGCGGUUUUUCCCUUUGCGGUGCUCACCAGAUUUCCACAACUUGAGUUGCCUGGCAUGCCCGACCGCUCAGGUCAGCGUAAAGUUCCUUGCAACAACUGCAAAGGUAAUGACAUGCAUGGCAGUGACCUCGGCCGCCCUUGCACAGGAUGCAUCAAGUCAAAUCUGCACUGUGUCGAUAACUCUCGAUUUCGGUUCAAGCAAGCCACACGACCACGAAGCGAGCUGAAAUUUGCUUCUAACCAACCUUGGAUUGGACCUGUUGGUGGUGGGAUUUCCUUUGUGGAUGAGACGGCAGGAACUGCUCUUUCCUUCGCUGAGACACCAUCCAAGCGAAGACGGAAGGGUUCACUGAAUCGACCACUGGAUGAGACUUCCGCGUUCCCAUCCUCAACUUACGCUAGCCCACAGGAGUUCCAGUUAGUGGACCCAAUUUCUACUCCCGUGCAUCGCGACGAUGUUGUGGAUAGGACAGAUAACGUGCAAGGUCCAUCCGCGGGCGCAGCGCAGGGACACUUGGAUGACGCGAGUAAUUCCAAUAGCACGGCCACCAACUAUCCCUCGUGCGUUUCGUUGGCUACUGGGCCAACACCACCGCUCUUCCCAUUCGCCGCUAGCGAGAGAAGGACCUUGAGCUUGCAGGAGACAUGCUUGAUUAGGCACUUCAUCGAAAACUUGGCAGAUUCGUUCGACUGCACCGAUAAAGAUAAACACUUCACUUAUGUGAUCUCGCACCGCGCCAUGUCAAGCCCUGUUCUAUUCUAUGCCAUAUGUACAGCGUCGGCCGGACACCUAGUGAGACGUUUCUCGAAGCAAUGGCCGAACAGAACGCCAGUGUUCGACAACAUUUCACUCCCUAACCUAACCGAUGACACAGUUGUGGAGUAUCACAAUACUUGUAUCUCGCUCUUCAUCUCCAUGUCGAAUGACCCCGCCCGCAACUACGAUGAGAAUGUCUUUGCAGCAGCGACUAUAUUACGCUUCUACGAGCAGCUUGAUGUUGACCUUACUGGCCUAGACUCAGAGAUAUACCUCGGCGUUGCCAGAGCUGUAGUUGACUCCCAGCCUGAUUAUACCUUUGGAUCCUUUAACGAUGACUAUCCCCCUCUAAGAACAGCCGACGUCGUCAAUCUCCCUUUCACCUCGCUCGGGUAUUCGGUUUGUCUAUUAGCAUUAAGGCAGGAAAUAUGGUCUGUCCUGAUAAACAGACGGCCAUUCCGCCUCUUUAGGCGUACCGGUAAGAGCUACAAUCCACCAGAGCCAGCAGGGGACUUUGAGUGGUCCAACCAUAUCAUCUUCUGGUGCGCCGAUGUUCUUCGGUUCUGCUUCGGAGACGAAGGCCGCCUCUUCCUGGAUGGUAAAUUCCCGGAGGAUCGCCUCGGCCAGUGGGAAUAUCUCAAGGGAUUCAAGGAAAAUUGGGAGACAAUGCGACCAGCAUCGUUCAGACCACUUUACUCCAGCGACGCGGAUCCCAGUAAAGGCCGCUACUUUCCGGAGAUAGUUCACAUGAACGAUUGCCAGGUCCUGGGCCUGCAGCACUUUGAAACUGCAUGCAUACUGCUGGAGGUCUAUGAUCCGCAGCGUGCGCCAAUCGGACCAGGGGCAACCGCCAGGAAUAUGGCUGUCGAUGAACGAGUACGUCAACAUACUAUGACUGUCUGCGGGCUGGCCUUGUCGAACAAGAAGUCACAAGCCACUCUGGUCACAGCGGCGAUUGUUAUCAGCAUGUGUGGCGAGACCUUCGUUGAUCCAGCGACGCAGAAGGCAUUAUUAGACGUUCUUUCUUUUAUCAAACGGGAACAUGCCUGGCCCAGUCAAGCGGUGCUACUGGGUUUACAGAAUGCCUGGGAGCUACGGAAUAAUUCCCGGUGA